AUGGAAGAAAAGGAGGAGGAUGAAGAGAGACGGUCUGCAGCAUUGAUAUCUUCCCCAGAACACCAAGUCUCUCCAGAUCAGGUGCAAAAUGCAGUUGGGUGUAUGCCGAAAAUUCGACGGAUUCUUCCAGAUUCAAUCGGCGAGGAGAUGCGGAAAAUCAUUGUUCUUGCUGGACCAGCGUUCCUGUCUCAGCUCAUGAUCUUCAUGAUAAGCAUUGUGAGCUCCAUAUUCUGUGGACACCUGGGGAAGGUGGAGCUAGACGCCGUGUCACUGGCCAUUGCGGUGGUAAAUAUUACUGGUGUGGCAGUGGGGGCGGGGCUUGCUGGAGCAUGUGACACAUUGAUAUCACAGAUCUAUGGAGGGCGCAACCUAAAAUUGGUAGGGACCAUCCUGCAAAGAGGUAUUCUUAUCCUACUUCUCUUCUGUUUCCCAUGCUGGGCCCUAUUCUUGAAUACAGAACCCAUCUUGCUCCUCUUCCGGCAAGACCCCGACGUGUCCAAACUGACACAGGUCUAUGUUUUAAUAUUCAUUCCAGCCCUUCCGGCUUCAUUUAUGUAUCAACUACAAGCCAAAUAUUUGCAGAAC